AUGGACUGUUACUUUGUGAUGAAAGCUGAUGUGGAUGAUAGGAUUUUGAUUGAGUUGAUAGAUGUCGACAUGGAGGCUCAGCUAUUUCGCUCAUGUGUGACUUCCAAGGCUGAUUCGCUAACCAUUCAAUUCUCAUCUGAUGAGGUUGUGGAAGGUCGAGGAGUUCGACUCAGUUAUGAGGCUGUAUCAUUCGGAAAAUGUGAUCCGGACUGGAUAGGCCGAGAAGAUGGCACAUGCUACCGUCAUCUGGAAACGCACCCAAAAGUUGGGUGGGCCGACGCA